GUCCACAGCCCCUUUCCCUUCUCUUCCCCAAAAUCCACCAUUACACUCCACUGGGUUUAUUCAUUUCAUCUACUUUUCUCCUCCAUCACCUAUUUUUCUCAUAUCCGCUGUACUGCCUAUCCUAUACAAAGUGUUAAUGUUCUCCUAUUUCACAUUAGAAAGUUGAACAUCAAACAUCAACCUACCUAUCAAAGACAGCAAUCCCCGCCCGUAGAUCAUCUCUCCCUCUCGGUUCCCACGCACAUCCCGUCAUUUACCGUACCCUGCUCCGGAAAUCAUCAACCCAAUCUAUCGUUGUUCUCUCCUGCUUUGCCUUCCGGCAUUUAUCCUAGUCGGGCGGAAUUUUCGGGACAUCAUAUCGUCAUCGUCAUCUUGUCCCUUCCCUUCCUCUUCUGCCCUCCCCUCUAUCCUAAUAAAUGGUCAGAUGGCCGUUUCUUUUUCGACACCAUCGGACAUUCCGGUACAUAUAGAGUCGGGUGAUGUCGUGGUCCCUGAUCUGAUUUCUUCCGAGGAGAUCGAAAUAUGAAUGGCAAGGGCAAGGACACGAAUUGUGGACGUCAUUACCAAUCGACUAGUGAAAAGUGAAACGGGGUACCUGCUUCUGCCAUCCCCGCUGGGUUUGGUUGGUUUUAUUAUUAUUUCUUUUUUUUUUUGGUUUCUUCAGUCUGCGGAAAGCUUUCACCGAUAUUAGGCUGUCUUCUUUUUUUUCUUCGGCUGUCUCCUAGAUGGCUUGUUUCGGCUAUCCUAUCGUGUACUGUCGACCCUGUAGCUACCUUAUUG